GCGCCUGUCGGUACAGGACAUGCGGCACUCAGACACAAUGACAAUGGCGAGACAGAGCGGCAUUUGAUGCCACAUCGCCCCCGAUCGCGCACAAUUACAGCCUCCGCUACCUCAAUGCGAGCAUGAAAGUGGAAUAUUAAAUUCGGAAGCGGUCUUUCGCUGCCCGUCAGAUGUCCGUCUCUUGGCGGGCUGAAGUGAAGCGCGCGCAGGUACGGUGAGGGAGGGAGGGCGUGUGUGUGCGCGCGCGCGCCGCGCUCCGUCCGCAGAGACCCGCGCGCGAUAGUACUAUAGUAUAGACACCGCAGAGCGGCCGCGCGCGACCAUGGAGUUUCCCUUCGACGUGAACGCGCUUUUCUCCGAAAGGAUAACGGUGCUCGACCAGAACCUGACGACCGGGCGGAGGUCCCUGGGAAGGCCUGAUCAUCAACACCACAUCGCCACUGUUAUCGACGAGCUGGGGAAAGCAUCUGCUAAGGCGCAGCAACUGGCCGCCCCCAUUACCAGUGCAGCAAAGCUUCAGAUGAACCGGCAUCAUCUCUACUUGCUGAAGGACGGGGAAAGCAAUGGGGGCAGAGGGGUCGCCGUGGGAUUUCUGAAGGUUGGGUACAAGAAGCUCUUCCUUUUGGACCAGCGGGGGGCGCACGUGGAGACAGAACCGCUUUGCGUCCUGGAUUUCUACGUGGCCGAGAGACUGCAGAGGCACGGCUAUGGGCUGGAGCUCUUCCGCUGGAUGCUGCAGCACAAAAGGGUGGAUCCUGUGCAGAUGGCCUAUGACAGACCUUCUCCCAAAUUCCUGUCCUUCCUUGAGAAGCAUUUUGGCCUGAAGGACAGCGUACCUCAGGUCAAUAACUUUGUCGUGUUUGAUGGAUUCUUCAGGAACCGCUCAGCGGUCCAGUUGAGAAAGGCUCCCCCAAGAAAGCCGGAAGGAGAGAUCAAACCGUACUCUCUGACGGAGAGGGAGGCUCUGCGGGAGGAGCAGAAGGCCUUACCCUGGCCCUUCGCCCGCCCCGCACCUCCGCCCCCGUCGCCGCCCCACGCUCAGUCCUCUGCAUUCUCCCGCUCUCUCAGCGUGGGGUCCUCCCCCAGCCGGGCUCCUCCGCACCGCUCCCUGGCCCCCAGCUCCUACAGGGGCCAGAGUGCACACCCCCAACUCAUCGAGUCCAUGAACUGCAGGGCCAGGCGUACCAGUUCGCUCAACCGCUCCCAGAUCUCCUUCAACUGAAUGGGCGCCGCUGACCCACUCGAUCUCCGCGCUUCCCGUCCUCAGCACAGAGGCAGGGUGUGCUUCUUGAGUACAUCGCCGCACCUGCUCUCUGCUGUGCAACGGGAGAAGCACGGCGCGAGAUCUGCCUGUUAGAUUACUUGCUGACGGUGGAAAGAGUGAUGCAGAGAGGGGGCUUGAUGAGAUUAGAGAGAAAAGGACUGAAAGUGAUCAGGGAAAACACAAUUUGUCCAAUACUUGUCCCCUCUGAUGUAAACGUGAUGUCCUAGUUAAUAUUUACAUAGUUUCAAAGUUAUUGAAAUAUCUCCAAUAACAACACGACAGCUAUUUCAGUUCUUUUGAUACAUGGAGUAUUCGGAACUUAUUUUCUAUUAUGGCUGUUUAUAACAUUUCCCGAAAUCCCUAUUUUGCAGCCGCUUUGAUUUCAACUGCGAAAUAAAGGCGAUUGACAGUGUCGAGCUGCAGUGUGGCUCUUUGUAACCGGGGAACGGUUUGUGAUGUGUCGCGUCUUGUGAUGACGGUCGUUAGCCGAUCAUGACGUUCCUGAAGGACAUGGAAGGGACAUGUAUGUGUUUUGGAUUGCUUCUUAGUGAGUCAUAAGUAGUAGUAAAAGUAGAAAGAGAAACAAAAAAAUUGCAUUUUUGUAAUAUCAGAUAUCACAGGAAGGCAGUGCACAGAUUGUAGAGACACACGUUAAAGCCGUUCGAAAAUGGCUGUGAUGGGUUUCCAGCAGAUCAAAUUGUUUAGAAAUUUACAUUAGUAAAUGUAACAAUUUUUUUACUUCGUUUAGGUGUAACUCUUAACUUUUUUUGGUGUCAGAAUUUGUGUAACUUUUAUUUCACUGACUGAUUUGUUCUAAGGCCUUAAUUUUUUGUGCAUAAAUUAAGUAGCUCAAAGUAUAUAUAGCUGUAGAUAUUAGAACCAAGUUUUUUGUCACUUGGUGUUCUUUUUGUGCUCGUAAUACCUGACAUUGCAACACAUUGUUGUUAUUCUCAUUUCCAUAUUGACUAUAUAGUUUUCCUCAGUAUACUUUUCAGAUUGCGUUCAUUUUGUGUUGCUUUUUCGUUGCCGAUCAUGAUUUUUCUUUUGUUUCUUCCUGUUGCUUUUACCUUACUUUUCUUUGUUCAUUUGUUGGUUUUUUUUUUCUGUGUCCCUUUCCUACAUUCCUUCAUUCCCUGUCAUUCUCCUCCCCUCCCCUGCCUUCUUACUUUUUUUUUUUUACCUCCUUUUGUAUCUUGCAUUUUUGUCUUUGUCCUUCGUCCUUCUUUGCUCUCCUUGCCUUCCACCCCCCCCCUCCACAUAGUCGACAGAGCCUGGUUGCCCAGGGCAACCUCUGCAGUCACGAUAUCAACAACAGAAGCCAGGGUACACUGAUGGAGAAACAGC